GCUGAGAAGUAAACUGAUUUUUUUAAGUACUUUAGACUGCAAAAUAAACUGUACUAUACGAGAAAGGACAGAAUAAAAUUUAAAUAGCCAGGAAGUUUGAAUAUCUGUAAAAGUGUUAUUUCAUUACGGUUACGUAACCCUACCUUACGAUUCAUUAACACGGUGUUUAAGGUGGAUGCCAGUACAGACAGCACUCAUGUCUACGGAAUCGGACCAUGACGAACCCCAGAUAACUGAUGUCACCGACGAUGUGCUGCACAGCCAGCAGACUGAUAAUUCUGGGGAGGUAUCCAUGGAUGAACUGGGUCCUGAAAGCGUUAUUACUUUCCCUUCAGAUAGCGAGACAGCUCGCCGUGAAGAGCUGUCGCAGUUGUCGAAAGAACAGCUUGUCGAGAUUGUUAUGGAGCGCGAACGAGAGCUGCGCCGGCGGAGCAAACUUAUUCAGCGUCUACGGCAACAACUGAAGAACAGCACGCCCCGACCAACAGCCACCCAGGAAAUGGAUGCCAGAGACGAGAGUGCCUUAAUGGAUGUGUCAGACACCACAGCGUCCUCCGACAGCGGUCGGAAUCGUGCCAACCGCAAACGGAAAGCGACGAAGCAGCGCGAUCUGGAUUUCCAAGCAUACGGUAAAAGGCAUGUGGCAUUGCGUUUUCUGUAUUUGGGUUGGAAUUAUGACGGGUUCGUUGUGCAGGACGAAACUGACAACACCGUAGAAGACCACAUUUUUGCCGCCCUAAUGAAGACCAAACUGAUAGAAUCGCGAGAAUCCUCAUCGUACCAUCGUUGUGGAAGAACGGAUAAAAGUGUCAGUGCCUUCAGUCAAGUCAUUUCUCUUCAUGUCCGCAGCACGUCCGCAUCGGGAGUGGGGCUGCUCCGAAGCGCCACACCGGCCAAAUUAAGUGAUAAAGAAAUCCCUUAUCUGCAAAUUCUCAACGGUGUACUACCAAAAAAUAUUCGCAUGACGUCAUGGUCGCCCGUCGAUAUUGAUUUUAGUGCACGCUUCAGUUGUCGUGGUCGUAAAUACCGCUAUUAUUUUCCCAAAGCUGGUUUGGAUAUUGCCGCCAUGAAUUCCGCCGCGCAGCUUUUCUUGGGUGAGCAUGAUUUCCGUAAUUUCUGCAAAGCCGAUAUUGGUGGUGGUGUGACGAAUUAUGUGCGCCGCGUGGACGCCAUAUUCAUUUCGCAGAUGGAACCAAGUUGUGAUAGCCCAAAUCAAAUGUGCAUUCUGCAUGUGUACGGAAGCGCUUUUCUCUGGCAUCAAGUGCGCAGUAUUGUGGCUGUUUUGGCACUGAUAGGACAAGGAAAAGAGCAGCCAGGAAUUAUUUCGGAUAUGCUGGAUAUCACGAAGUAUCCCGCUAAACCGCAGUACAAUAUGGCAGAGGGCUUCCCUUUGGUGUUAUUUGACUGCGAUUUCGAUCAGAUUGUGUGGAAUUUCGAAGAAUAUUCCGUCAAUCAGAGCAUAAAGGAAUUGCAGCGGUUAUGGACAGAACAUGCCGUGAAAGCAGCGGUGAUCAUGGAUAUGCUCAGUGCAUUACGUGAGCGGCAACAGACACUAGUCGACAUUGGCGAAAGUGGCCUGCUUUCGGGGAUUUUUCCGGAUAAUAAAGGGAAAUCGUAUCAGCCAUUAAAAUCGCGGAAAAUGUGUGACUCUGUUGAAGAUCGUUUGGUAAAAAAAUUUAAAGUGCUUUCUGAUACUACUUAAGUUCCUGAAUGCGUGAUUCGGGCAUAUGUAUUCCAGUGAUGAUCAUGACCGUGUACAAAAAAAAAUAAAUUAAAAAAAUACAAAAAAAUAAAUUCUUGACCUGUGUUAU